AUGGCGGCCCUGGACAUCCUCGGCUACCUGCCGGCACCGGCAGGGCGCUUCAACCGAGGCGCUGCAGACAUGCUGGAGGGCGAAUUGCUAGCAAUCGGUGCAUGCUCCAGCGUCGCCGUGCUGGAGCUGCCAAGGCUGCAGGCGGCGUGCAUGCUGCAGGGCGGCCACCGGGGUGCCGCUGUGACCGCUGUAAAAUGGUACCCCGAGUGCCACUCAAGAGACCUCAGGGCCACGGGCCACGUCAGGCUGGCAUCGGGCGACAGCGCCGGCGGCGUCGUGCUGUGGGAUGUUCUGUCCACCUCCAUCAUCGCGCGCCUGGACGACGUGCCGGCUGCCCAGCAGCUGCUCGACGACUACGCGGCGGCCUCCAGGGGCGAGUGCUGCAUCGAGGGCCUGGCCUGGGUGCUGCCGCAGCCGGGGGCGCUGGCGGUGGUCGUCUCGCCGGCGCUGCUGCUGAUUUGGGACACCACAGGCGGCGGCCUGCUCUGGAAGCGCGAGCUUGCCCCCCUGUCCUCCCCCGAGGUGUUCACCUCCAUCUGCUGCGACCCCCUCGACCGCCGCCGCGUCGUGCUGUGCGGCGAGGCCGGGGCGCUCCUCGUGAUGCGGCUCAGGGGGGUGGGGCGGGACGGCAGAGGCGGCGGCGGCGGGGCGGCGGCAGUUGCAGGCGGCGAGGAGCGGGAUCUGGUUGAGCAGCGGCAAUAUAGGGUGAACGUGGCGGCGGCAGCCAAAGAGGCGCCCGGGAAGGAUCAGGCCGCGGACAAGCUGCCGCCGCUGACUCUGCAGGCGCGGUUCUGCGCCGACCGCGACCUGUUAGUCGUGCUGCUGCCGCGGGAGCUGCUGGUGUUUGACCUUGAGCUGGGCCAGCCGGCCGCGUCGUCGGCGCUGGGCGGCGGGCGGCAGCCGUUCAGCCACCUGCUGGGGGUGUACGGCGAGGGCGUGUCGCAGGGCCUGGGGGACGAGGGGGGCAUCGACUUUGUGUAUUGCGCCCACGUGGACGGCUCCCUGAGCUGCUGGACGCGGCGCCCCGGCGAGCUUGCGUUCAGGCCGGGGCCGGCCACCAAGCUGGUGGCGCCGCAGCUCAAGGGGUCCAGGGGCCCGCAGGCGACCAUGGUGGCCGUGUGCUGCGCCCUGUGGCGAGACGAGCUGCUGGGCGAGGGCGGCACAAAGGACGGCCCACCCAUUGAGAUUGGCAGGCUGCCGCCGGUGGCGGCGACGACACAGUCAAUUGCCCGGCAGCUGGCCACCGCAGUCGGUGGGCAGCGGCCGCAUGAGGAAGAAGCCGUGCCGCCGCAGCUGACCGGCUUGCUGCACGGCCUGCCCUCCGGCAUAGUCUGUUUCACUAUGCACCCCCGCCCCCUGCUGCUGCCCUCCGCACACGCCGGCCAUGCGGCCGCGGCGGCGGCGGCGGAGGCGGUCACGGAGGCGGCGGCAGCCGCCUCCGCCGCCGCGGCGCAGGGCGGCGGCGCCGCGGGCUCCAGCGGCGGCGGCGCCGAGCGGGCGAGCUACGCACCGCGGCGGGCGGGCAGCGGCGCUGGCCUCGCAACCGGCAGCAGCUUCCCGCUGCUGUCCCCGACCAGCAGCGGGGCGAGCACGCCGUUUUUCGCGCCUCGUGGCGGCGGCGGCGGCGGCGCGGCGCGGGCGGCGUCUGGUGACAAUUUGUCGGCCCCUCUCGCCACAGUUGGGGUGGACGGAGCGGAGGGUGAUGGCGGCAGCGGCGGCGGCGGCGACGGCGGCGGAGAGCAGGGGGUUGAGGCGCUGCAUGAGGUGCUGCUUGGCGCCGCGGGCACGGUCAGCGGCAGCGUCGAGGUGUUUGUGGUGCAGCGCGGGCUGGUCAACCCUUUGUCUGUCGAGGUGGCCCUGUCCCUGGCAGUCCACCGGGAGCCAGUCCGCGGCAUCGCAUGGCUCGGGCCCCUGCCACUGCUGGCCAGCUAUGCAGCAGAGCGCGGCGGCGCAGGCGGCGGCGGCGGCGGCGCGGGCGGCGGGGGUGGCGGCGGCGCGGGAGCCCAGGGGUGGCGCAACAUCGUGGCGCUGACGUGCAUGAUAACUCGCAGGAGCGUCGCGUUUCGGAGCAACACGGCCCUCGACGCCGGCCCCCUGGUGGCUCUGCGCGCGAGCCCGUCGGGCGCCUACCUUCUGAUGGUGUUCAGAGGCGCCCCCGCGGAGCUCUGGUCCACAGGCGUCCACGAGCAGCAGCAGCAGCAAGAGCAGCAGGAGGGCCGCGGCCCCGCGCCACCCGGGUCGCUGCCGCGGCCGCACCGGCUGCGUUUUGUCGACCUGCCCUUCGGCGCAGCUGAUUGGGCGCUGCCGGCGGACGCGACGGCGCCGUGGGAGCUGCAGAGCGGUCCGCCGCACACGUCAUGGCGCCGCGACGGCGGCGCGGACAGCGCAGGUGGCGCGGGCUUCGGCGCGGACGGCUUGGGAGACGAGGACGCGGGGCCGUCGGGCUUCCCACUGCCGAGCACCAGCUCCCCGGACGCGUCGAUGCGGCGCGGCGCGCGGCGGCGGGGCGCGGCGGGUGACGCGAUGCGGGGGUCGCUGAACACGAUGCUCAGCAUGCAGGUUGCAAUGUCAUCCACGACGGCCCCCCUGCUGCGCGCGGCGCUGUCGGGGCAGCACCAGUCAAACCACCCCUCCGACGCGGCGGCGCCGGCGAGGCCCGCGGGCGCGCCCGAAGCCGACAUGCCAGAGGAGCGGCUGGCAUUUGCUUUGACCGACGGUCGCUCUGGGCUGCUGACUGUGCAAGGCCGGAAGGUGACGGACUCCAAGCCCAAGCGACCCGCCCCCGGCCCAGGGCCGCAGCCGCAGGACCUCCUCGGCACCUGCGUGGCAGCUGCCGGGCAGGUUUUGUUCUUGGGUGACGGCGAGGGGACGGUCCUGUGCUGGGACACCGCGACUGGCAAGUGCUCUGCCAUCAACACAGGCAUGGGUGCCGUGCGCGCGAUGGCGCCCGCGCCGCCGCCCUGCCCGCUGCUGCACCCCUCCGGUGACGCGGGCCUGGACCUUCACGUCAGGAUGCGCCUGGCCGUGAUGUUUGCCGGGGGCGCCUUCGGCGUCGUCGAGGUGGACUCGGGGUUCAGGCUGCGCCUGGGCGUCGCGCCGCCGCAGGUCUGCAUGCAGCGGGUAGGGUCAGCCCUGGGCAUCGGCUGGGCGCCGCUGCCGGGGCCGAUCGGCGCAGGGUCUGUCCUGGUGGCGGCCCUCAGGGACGGCUCCCUGGCGCUGCUCGACACCUGCCAGGGCGCGGACCGGCGCCCCAGCUACCGCGCGCGGCUGUCCCACGUCCGGUCGCUCCUGUCGGAGCGCCGCGGCCCCCCAAGCGGCGCUUCCCCCGCCCACGCGCCCGCGCCCCCCGGCGCGUCGUGGCCGGCCACCCCCGGCUCGUAUCGCCCCGGGGCCGCGCCGCCGGCUGCGGGCGCGGCCUUCGAGGCCGCGCUUGCGUCGGCUGGCGCGGCCACCGGUGCGGGUGACACCCAGGCGUCGCCGCUGCCGCCGCGGGCGCUGGUCGGGCUGGCGCCGCCGAAGCCGCUGGGGAGCGCGCUGCUGAUGCGGCGGCCGUGGGCGCUGCUGCUGCGGCUGGCGCUGCAGCUGGGGCUGUCGCAGGAGUCUGUGCUCUACAUCAGCAGCCCCUCCACCGAGGAGGACGACGAUGUGGAGCUCCUGGGGGACAUCCAGACGGCGGUCGCCUUCCUGCUGUCCACCAACCCCGAGCGCAACGAGCACUACUACCGCAACGCAGCCAUCACGCUCGCCCUCGCCGCCGCGGCGGCCCCGCCUGGCGCCGCGGCGGCGGGGGGCGGCGGGCGGGGUGGGGCGGCGGCGGCGGCGGGGACGGGGACGACGCUGCAUGUUCAGGCUGCCAAGGUCCUGUCAGCCCACGCAGCUAGCAUGGGGGACACUCUCCUGGCAGUGCCACUCAGCAUCUCCGCGGGGCUCAUCACAGACGCAGUGGUGGUCCUGCAGGAGGAGGGGCUCUGGCGUCUGGCUGCAAGCCUCAUCGCCCGCGGCCUCCGCGGCACCGAGCGCGCCACCGCGCUGCAGCGGUGGGCGCAGCACGUGCUGCGGUCUGAGGGCAGCAUAUGGCGCGCGGUCGGCCUGCUGACCGCGGCCGGCUGCCUGAGGGGCGCGCUGGGCGUGCUGCGGGGCGCCGGGCUGCCGGACUGCGCCGCGGCGUACCUGGAGGCUUGCCGGCAGGCGGGGCUUUUGUAUGCGGCCUCACCGCCUGCGCAGCAGCAGCAGGAGCAGCAGCAGGAGCAGCAGCAGCAGGGCGCGGAUGACGUAUCGCCUUUCGGGGGCGAGGGCACCAGCCAGCAGCAGCGGCAGCAGCAGCAGCAACAGGAGGAGAGGCCUCCCAUGGUGCUCUUUGACAUCCUGGGUGGCAUGUAUGGCGGACUGCACAACCCGGGCUCCAGCGGCUACAAGGGCAGCGCGGCUGGCGGGGAUGAGGUGGCCGCGACUGAGACGGAGUUUGACGCCUACUGCUGCUUGCUACUCUCGCACCUGUGA